AUGGGCCGAUGCAAGGAAGACGAAUACCAAGCAAUUUUACGGAGCCCGGCUAAGUGUCCAGAGAAGGCAGCUCGUGUGCUUGUUGACAUGUCACUCAUGUCUCUGGUAGCUGCUAACCGCCAUCAUGGUUUCAACAAUCGCAAACACUAUGCGCAAAAGGCACCUAUCAAGGUGGGAAACCAGCUUCAGGGAAGGUAUUCGUACGGCAACAAUACACGAACCCCAUGA